CCUCUCCCCGGCCUCGGCCUGCGGGUCCGGCGCGCGGACCCCCUGCCCUGCUUUUGCCAGGACGUCAACCGCAGACCCCAUUUUGUCCGGAGGCCCCAAGGCCACACUUCCCUGGGCCGAGCGGGGACCCAGUCAUCCUGCAGAGCCUCCGGCUGCCCUUAGCUCUCAGGCCGCGGGCCGGCUUAGUCCGCAAGAAAGGCGGAUGGCUGCGGAUAGAGAGUAGCGGCGAAGACAGGACUUACUGUGCGCGGAACGCGGAACCAAGAUGGCGGCGGAAAGAGAGCGAGCGAGAGCGUGACCCACGCCUGUUGCAGGAGGAAGCCUGGCGGCGGGGGCGGGGCCACAAUGCGAUUCCGGGUCAGGAGCGGCCGCAGUCACUUCCGGGGAAGGAGGUCCCCUCACCAUGUGGUGGUCCCUGGCAGUCCUCGUGGGCCUGUACUGCCUCCUGCGCUGGUACCGGGAGAGACAGGUGGUGAGCCACCUCCAUGACAAGUACGUCUUCAUCACGGGCUGUGACUCGGGCUUCGGGAACCUGCUGGCCCGGCAGCUGGACCUGCGAGGCUUGAGGGUGCUGGCUGCAUGUCUGACGGAGAAGGGGGCCCAGCAGCUGAGAAGCCAGACGUCAGACAGGCUGGACACGGUGAUCCUGGAUGUCACCAAGACAGAGAGCAUCUUGGCGGCCACCCAGUGGGUGGAGGAGCGUGUGGGGGACAGAGGUCUCUGGGGCCUGGUCAACAAUGCAGGCAUUUUUCACCCACAUUGCUACAGCGAGUGGCUGAAGAUAGAGGCCUAUGUGGAUGUCUUCAAAGUGAACCUCACUGGUUUGAUUGAAGUGACCUUAAGCAUGCUUCCCUUGCUGAGGAGAGCACGGGGGAGGAUUGUUAACGUCUCCAGCAUUCUGGGAAGACUUGCUUUCUUUGGAGGAGCCUACUGUAGCUCCAAGUACGGAGUAGAAGCCUUUUCAGAUACUCUGAGGCGUGAGCUUCGACAUUUUGGGGUGAAAAUCAGCAUAGUUGAACCCGGCUACUUCAGGACCGGAAUGACACAUGUGGCGUGGUGCCUAGAGAGACUAAAGCAAGCCUGGGAAGAAGUCCCCACGCAUAUUAAGGAAGCCUAUGGACAGAAGUUCUUUGAUGCUCAUCACAAUGGCGUCAAACAAGGGCUCUUGAAAUGUAGCACAAACCUGAACCUGGUCACUGACUGCAUGGAACAUGCUUUGACAUCUGUGCAUCCCCGCACUCGAUAUUCAGCUGGUUGGGAUUCUCAGUUUUUCUUCAUUCCUUUAUCUUAUUUGCCUACAUCACUGGCAGACUACAUAUUGACGAGAUCCUGGCCCAAACCAGCCCAAGCAGUCUAAGAAAACUAGUUUGAUGGCUCUUGAAAUGAAGAAGAGGAAAGUCUGAAAUUGAUCAUUAGUAUCUCAGUAAUCCUUAUUUGGAAUUAACAUGUUUAUAUUAUAGAUAUCCAAAGCAUUUUCCUUUAGGUAAUAAAUUUUUACUAUUUUAAGCGUUUUUUCAUUAGAAUAUUUCCAAAUACAUCGUUUUUCUUUGCCUGUUAAACAGAGUGGACUGAAAACAAUUGAACUUGUUUUAAUAUUAUUUCUUUACAAAAAUGAAUAGUUUUCCUGUGCAAUUAUACAAUUGCUUGAGGACUAUUGAGAAAUAUAUGGGCCUGUUUAUUUGAAAUGGAUCUGUACUAUGGUACUUUAAAUAAAUAUUUCAUUUAUUUAAAUGAAA